UUCAAAAAGAAAUAAAUUAUAGAUUAAGUUUCAGGUUUUUUUUGCCUGUGGUUCAUUCGAUUUGUUAACUUUGCGCAACUUGAAACGUUUCGCAAAUUUCUGUUUUUGCAAGAGUAUGAGCAAACUACUAAAUUUUGGUGCCCUCAUUCAACGCAUCAAAGCGCCAUCUCCGUUUGUGCUCGCCCAACUAAGCAGCAUUGGCACCGGCACCAUGGAAGGGGGCCCAAUAGAGAGCGCAAUCCGGGCCGGGUUAACCGCGCGAUUGAACCCGAUUCAUCUGGAGAUCGUAAACGAAUCGUAUAUGCACAACGUACCGAAAGGAUCCGAAUCGCACUUCAAGGUCCUGGUGGUUUCGGACCAGUUCGAGGGAUUACCAUUGAUUAAGCGUCAUCGUCUGGUGAACGAAAUCGUGAAGGAUAAACUAGAAGGCGAUUUUGUGCAUGCCCUAUCGAUCGUUGCCAAAACCCCUGGACAGUGGACCGAGGCGGAGAAGCUGGAACCGAGCCCGAAGUGUCGAGGAGGAUUUGGCAAAUAGGGGUAACUGACUUGAAUUAUUAAGUAUUGUGAUAAUUAAAAAACUAGCAAAAGCAAAAUACAC